CAGUCCAUUCGGAAAGGGAUGCAGACCCAGAACCCAGCCAGCGUUCCGCUUCAUAUCAGCAGAAUAAAAAUAAAAAGCAUCCCCGGGAUGGAGACUUGAGCCAUAAAACGGGUUCUGGUUUAAUUUUGGUUAAAUGUGGAUGUGUAAAACCGACGCAGCGCAGCGCUUUGUCCGCGGCGCAGAUGGUCCAAUCAGACGGAGCCUGGCUGGAGGAAAGGGCGCACGCAUCCAGUGAGGGAAACACAUCACCGGGAGGGACAUUAAACACCAAAACACCUGACAGUCCGGGUUUAUGUCUCCCGAAGUGUCUGCGAAAUGUCCACGAAGGCAGAGCAGUUUGCCUCUAAGAUACGAUACUUGCAAGAGUAUCACAACCGUGUGCAACACAAUAUUUACCCUGUGCCCUCCGGAACAGACAUUGCAAACACACUGAAAUACUUUUCCCAAACCCUCCUCAGCAUUCUGUCCCGCACAGGCAGGAAGGAGAACCAGGAAGCUUCCAAUUCGGCCGUGCCCAUGACCAUGUGUCUUUUUCCUGUGCCAUUCCCACUCACCCCAUCUCUAAGACCACAAGUCAGUUCCAUCAACCCUACAGUUACUCGCUCCCUCCUUUACAGCGUUCUGCGCGAUGCCCCGUCAGACCGCGGGGGGCAGGGGCAGCAGAGUCGGGACGCUCAGCUCUCAGAGUACCCCUCUCUGGACUAUCAGGGCCUCUAUGUGACCCUCGUGACCCUGCUUGACCUGGUGCCCCUGCUGCAGCACGGUCAGCAUGAUCUGGGACAGUCCAUAUUUUACACAACAACCUGCCUUCUGCCCUUCCUCAGCGACGAUAUUCUCAGCACUUUGCCCUAUACAAUGAUCUCCACCUUAGCCACUUUCCCUCCCUUCCUCCAUAAAGACAUCAUCGAGUACCUGAGCACCUCUUUCCUCCCCAUGGCGAUACUGGGAUCAACUCGGAGGGAGGGCGGAGUGCCUGCCUACGUCAAUCUGUCGGCCUCAUCUAUGCUCAUGAUCGCCAUGCAGUACACCUCAAACCCAGUUUAUCACUGUCAGCUGUUGGAGUGCCUAAUGAAGCACAAACAGGAAGUGUGGAAGGACCUGCUUUAUGUCAUAUCUUACGGCCCAUCCCAAGUAAAACCUCCAGCUGUGCAAAUGCUGUUUCAUUACUGGCCCAACCUGAAGCCACCAGGAGCCAUCAGCGAAUACAGGGGGCUGCAGUACACAGCCUGGAAUCCCAUCCACUGUCAACACAUCGAGUGCCAUAACGCCAUCAACAAACCUGCAGUCAAGAUGUGCAUAGACCCGACUCUCUCUGUAGCGCUGGGAGACAAGCCGCCGCCUCUUUAUUUAUGCGAGGAGUGCAGCCAGAGGAUCGCUGGGGAUCAUCCUGAAUGGCUUGUUGAUGUCCUGUUGCCACAAGCAGAGAUAUCUGCUAUUUGUCAAAAGAAGAACUGCAGCUCUCAUGUCAGGAGGGCCGUGGUCACCUGCUUCUCAGCCGGCUGCUGCGAGCGCCAUGGCAACAGGCCCGUCCGCUACUGCAAGCGUUGCCAUGUCAACCACCACAGCAGCGAGGUGGGGGCUGCGGCGGAGACCCAUCUGUACCAGACCUCGCCCCCGCCCAUCAACACGCGGGAGUGCGGCGCGGAGGAGCUGGUGUGCACGGUGGAAGCUGUCAUUAGCCUUCUGAAGGAGGCAGAAAUCUAUGCAGAGCAGCGUGAGUUUGAGCUGAACAGGCGUCGUCAGAUGGGCCUGUCCGCCUCCCACCACUCCCUGGACAACAUCGAGUUUGACAACAAGGAGGACGACCAGCACGACCAGCGGCUCCUCAGUCAGUUCGGCAUCUGGUUCCUGGUGAGCCUGUGCACGCCCAAUGAAAACACGCCUACGGAGAGCCUGGCGCGGCUCGUCAGCAUGGUCUUCCAGUGGUUUCACUCCACUGCCUACAUGAUGGACGAUGAAGUGGGAAGCCUGGUGGAGAAGCUGAAGCCACAGUUUGUCACAAAGUGGCUGAAGACGGUGUGUGAAGUGCGCUUUGACGUCAUGGUCAUGUGUUUGCUGCCUAAACCGGUCGAGUUCGCCAGGGUGGGAGGUUACUGGGAUAAGUCAUGUAGCACGGUGACGCAGCUGAAGGAGGGUCUGAACCGGAUCCUGUGUCUGAUACCUUACAAUGUCAUCAGUCAGCCGCUGUGGGAGUGUUUCAUGCCGGAGUGGCUGGAGGCCAUCCGCACCGAGGUGCCUGACAACCAGCUCAAAGAGUUCAGGGAGGUGCUCAGUAAGAUGUUUGAUAUUGAGCUGUGCCCCCUGCCUUUCUCCAUGGAGGAGAUGUUCGGCUUCAUCAGCUGCAGAUUCUCCGGCUACCCGGCGUCGGUGCAAGAGCAGGCUCUUCUGUGGCUGCAUGUUCUGUCUGAGCUGGACAUCGUUGUGCCUCUCCAGCUGCUGAUUGGGAUGUUCUCCGAUGGCGUGAACUCGCUGAAGGAGCUGGCCAAUCAGAGAAAGGCUCGCGCCUCCGACCUCUCUGGCAACACCGGCGCUCGCCGGGUGAGCGUCGUGUCGGAUCCGGGCCGGCGCGGGCAGCACAACACCCUGAGCCCGUUCCCCAGCCCCUUCAGGAGCCCGUUCAGGAGCCCGCUGCGCUGCAGCCCCUUUAAGAACCUGGGUCACGCCACCGGAAACUGUGCCUUGGACCUGGACUGUGACGACGACGACAUGAACCUCGGCUGUUUCAUCCUCAUGUUUGAUCUCAUCUUAAAGCAGAUGGAGCUGCAGGACGACGGUGUGAUGCUGGGUCUAGACAGCAGCCUGGGGAAGGAUAUCGUCAGCAUCAUCAACAACGUCUUCCAGGCCCCGUGGGGUGGAUCCCACACCUGCCAGAAGGAUGAGAAGGCCCUUGAGUGUAGCCUGUGCCAAUCCAGCAUCCUGUGCUACCAGCUGGGCUGCGAGCUUCUGGAGAGGCUGACCCCCCGCGAGGAGAUCCGCCUGGUGGAGCCGACGGACUGUCUUGAGGACACGCUGAUCUCGUGUCAACCAGACUUCUCCCUUGGGACGGGAAAUGGAAAUGACGAAGGAGAAAACCCAAGUGAGCCGAACAACGACAACCCCAACAACCAUUCUCCUGAGAACCCAGCCAUGAAGAACAACUCUGACAAGAAGUUCUCCUACCAGCAGCUCCCUGUGUCCUUAAAGCUGAUAUACACCAUCCUGCAGGAAAUGUCCAAGUUUGAGGAGCCUGACAUCUUGUUUAACAUGCUGAACUGCCUGAAGAUCCUGUGCCUGCAUGGAGAGUGUCUGUACCUGGCCUGCAAGGAUCACCCGCAGUUCCUGGCCUACAUCCAGGAGAAGAUGCUCAUCCCCAGCCUGUGGUCGAUGCUGAAGUCCGAGUUCUGCCAGCUGGCCUCGCUGGCCGUGCCGCAGCUUCUCCACGCGCUCUCUCUGUCCCACGGAGCCGACAUCUUCUGGAAGCUCAUCAACACAAACUUCAACAGCAAAGACUGGAAAAUACGCUUUGAAGCUGUCGAGAAGGUGGCGGUGCUGUGUCGUUUUCUGGACAUCAGCGCUGUGACCAAAAACCACCUGCUGAAGUACUCCUUAGCCCACGCUUUCUGCUGCUUUCUGGCCUCGGUGGAGGACGUCAACCCUUCGGUGGCCACCAGGGCCAGACUGCUGCUGGACACCAUCAAGAGGCCGGCGCUGCAGGGUUUGUGUCUGUGUCUGGACUUCCAGUUUGACACCGUCGUCAGGGAUCGGCCCAUCAUUCUCAGCAAACUUCUCCUGCUGCACUUCCUGAAGAAAGACAUUCCUGCUCUGAGCUGGGAGUUUUUCGUCAACCGCUUUGAGACGCUAUCGCUGGAGGCUCAGCUGCACCUGGACUGCAACAAGGAGUUUCCCUUCCCCACCACGAUUACAGCUGUGCGAACCAAUGUGGCGAACCUGAGCGACGCGGCGAUGUGGAAGAUACGGCGGGCGCGUUUCGCCAGGAACCAGCAGAAGAGCGUGCGCUCGCUACGCGACAGCGUGAAGGGAGGCCAGGAGGAAUCGAAACGCACCUUUUCCCUCCCUGAGUCGCUGAGCAACCGACUUCCACUAGGGCUUACAAGGCAAGAGCAAUCUGCACCGGCACUUGGAGAUAUGAUAGAGAAAGUCCUGCCAGCACGCUUCCUCCUGCACUUUAACCCUGACGCUUCAGCACCUCUUACAGGCCAGACUCCUUCUCCUGAGGACGACACCAUAAUCAGAGACCUGCUGCCCGAAGAUGCCGGCAUCGACCACCAGACGGUUCACCAGCUCAUCAUGGUGCUCAUGAAAUUCAUGGCCAAAGACCAGAGCAGCGCCGACGCUGACAUCAGCAGCGCCAAGGCGUUCAACACCGUGAAGAGGCACCUGUACGUGCUGCUGGGUUACGACCAACAGGAAGGCUGCUUCAUGAUCGCACCCCAGAAGAUGCGAACCUCCACCUGCUUCAACGCCUUCAUUGCUGGGAUUGCACAAGUGAUGGAUUAUAAUAUCGGUUUGGGAAAGCAGCUGCUGCCCCUGGUGGUCCAGGUGUUGAAGUACUGCGCUUGUCCGCAGCUCAGACACUAUUUUCAGCAGCCACCCCGAUGCUCUUUGUGGGCUUUGAAGCCACAUAUUCGGCAGAUGUGGCUCAAAGCCCUGCUUGUUAUCCUCUACAAGUACCCUUAUCGAGAGAUGGAUGGCAGUAAAGUGGUGCUUCACCUGGUGCACAUCACCAUCAACACCCUGAACGCUCAGUAUCACAGCUGCCGCCCGCACGCCGCCGCCGGGCCGCUCUACAGCGACAACUCCAACAUAAGCCGCUACAGCGAGAAGGAGAAAGAGGAAGACAGCGUCUUCGAUGAGUCAGACGUCCAUGACACACCGACUGGAGCUGCCAACAAGGAGUCCCAGACAUUUUUUGCCCGUUUGAAAAGGAUUGGAGGCAGCAAGUCUGUGAAGUAUCAGCCAGUGGAGCUGAACGCCAAGAGAAGUGAAAUCGAGCUGUCGGAGUACCGUGAAGCCAGCGCGCUCCAGGACAGCAUCCUGCACUGCGUCAGGGAGGAAAGCACCAGGAAGAAGCGCCUCCAGGCCAUGCAUAAGCAAAAGUCUCUGGACAUUUCCAACACGGACUCCAUCCUUUUCAGUUUGGACGAACACCGCAGGAAGUCCUGCAUCGAUCGUUGCGACAUGCAGGCGCCCGCUGGGGUCCUCUCCUCCCGCAGGCAGCAGGGAAAGGGAUCCUGCGACGGUUCUUCGUUUCGGGUUGAUCCCGUGGAUCGCCGAGGUUCCCGUGGCGGCCAGUCAGACACGGCCAAACCCGUCAUCCCAGAGGUCCGGCUCAGCUGCAUGGAGACAUUCGAGGACAAACUGGACCAGGGCUCGUUAGAAGGGUCGGUUCAGGAGAAAGAGGACCAGGACCUCAUCGACCUGUCGUCAGACUGCACCUCGAUCCCAGAAAAACACUCUCUGCUCUCCAUGUCCGACAGCGACUCCUUGGUGUUCGAACCGCUGCCUCCGCUGAGGAUUGUGGAGAGCGACGAAGAGUUUGACCUCAACACCAUCAUAGGCUCCAGGUUCAGCGGGAGUCCGAAGGUCUCGGCGUCCCCUGCCAGCAGCAACACAUUGCGGUUGUCUCCUGUGGUUCAGGUGAGCGUUGAGGACUGCUCCAGUGAAAAAAACAACCCAGUCGCUGUGGUUGGAAAAGAGCCGCCAUCUUCAGAGAGGAAAUUCAAAGGUUUGACUUCAAGCGCCUCUUUAGACAUCCCUGAACGCCUGGAGAACGUUUCCUAUGAGAGCCCGAUGACCCUGAAGCAGAAGAGAGAUCUGCUGAGGAAGACUCCGAAUGUCCCCGACUCCUCCUUAGACGACUCCUCUGUGAUCGGCUCCAGUCCCUCUGGCAGGACCGUCUUCCUGGACAUCCCGGAGGACAAAGCUGAGCCGCUUUCCUCGCCAGACAGAAGCAAGACGGACAGCAACGACGAAGAGGAGGAUGGAGACGACGAGGAAGACGAAGACAUGGGGGACGAAGCCGACAGUGAACCCAAACCCGACAACCCAGACGAUAACGACGAAGCAGAGUUCAAAAUUCAGAUCGUUCCUCGGCAGCGGAAGCAGAGGAAGAUCGCCGUCAGCGCCAUCCAGAGGGAAUACCUUGACAUUUCCUUCAACACGUUCGACAAGCUGGGAGGAGAGGCAGCGACUGAGACGGAUCACAAAGGCAUGUCUGCGUUGGAAAAGCCCAGGGAAUCGGCCUCAGCUCCAACUCUUGAAGCUGCUCUGCCUGAAACGAGCCAUCGCUCCUCAGUGUCAACUCAGUACCGGCAGGCGAAGCGAGGCUCUCUGGGCGCCCUGACGAUGAGUCAGCUGAUGAAGAGGCAGCUGGAGCACCAGUCCAGUGCGCCGCACAACAUCUGCACCUGGGAGACCGGUCCCACAAAAACCAGCUUGCUUUCAGCGCCGAGCACAGUCAGCAUGUUUGUUCCGGCACCUGAGGAGUUCAUCGACGAGCAGCCCACCACCAUGUCUGACCGGUGCCGGGACUGCGCCGCCGUGCUGGAGGAAUAUGACGAGGAGACUCUGGGUCUGGCAGUCGUAGUUCUGUCGAUGUUCAUCCACCUGAGCCCGGAUUUGGCCGCUCCCAUGCUUCUUGACAUCAUGCAGUCUGUGGGCAGGCUGGCGUCGAGUGGCAAUUUCUCCGGACAAGCUGAGAGCAUGUUGAUCCCUGGAAACGUAGCAGGCGUGGCCAAGCAGUUCCUGCGCUGCAUGUUUCACCAGCUGGCCCCUAACGGCAUCUUACCGCAGCUCUUCCAGAGCAACAUCAAAGAUGGGAGUUUCCUGCGAACUCUCGCGUUGUCUUUGAUAGACUUCAAUGAGCUGAGCUCUGUUGCUGCUCUCAACAUGCUGCUUGAGGGCUUAAACAACAAAAAGAGUCUACCAGCAGGGGGCACCAUGCUGCACUGCCUGGAGAACAUUGCCACCUUCAUGGAGGCUCUCCCCAUGGACUCUCCCAGCAACCUGUGGACGACCAUCUGCAACCAGUUCCAGACCUUCCUCACAAAGCUGCCCUGCGUGCUUCCUCUGAAGUGCCCAAUGGAUUCCAGUUUAAGGAUUAUUAUUUGUCUUCUAAAGAUCCCAACUACAAACGCAACUCGGAGUCUGCUGGAGCCUUUCUCUAAGCUGCUGAGCUUCGUCAUCCAGUACGGAUCGUUCAGCCUCUCCUACCUCGUCGAACUGUGUGGACUUUGCUACAAAGGCUUCAACAAGGAGCGAGAUAAGUUCUACAUGUCCCGCAUUGUGGUGUUGGAGCUUCUGCAGGCUCUCAAGUUCAAGUCUCCUUUGCCUGAUACAAACUUGCUACUGCUGGUCCAGUUUGUUUGUGCAGAUAUAGGAACGCGUCUGGCAGAAUCCACCAUCAUCCAGAAGCACAUGAUCUCCACGCUGCCGGGGUGUACGACUGCAGCAAUGGAGUGCAUGAGGCAGUACACCAGUGAGCUGCUGGACUUCAUUGCAGAUAUGCAUACUCUAACUAAACUAAAAAACCACAUGAAGGCGUGCUGUCAGCCGCUGCAUGAGGACACCUUUGGGGGAAACUUGAAAGUGGGUUUGGCCCAAGUUGCAGCCAUGGAGAUCAGCAAAGGGAACCACCGGGAUAACAAAGCUGUGGUUCGGUAUCUGCCCUGGCUUUAUCAUCCGCCUUCCACCAUGCAGCAAGGGCCAAAGGAAUUCAUUGAGUGCGUGUCCCACAUCCGGCAGCUGUCCUGGCUGCUGCUGGGGUCGCUGACCCACUGCGCCCUGCACCAGGGCUCCACCUCCUGCAUGCCCAUCCCGCUGGACGCCGGCUCCCACAUUGCAGACCAUCUGAUCGUCAUCCUGAUCGGCUUCCCAGAGCAGUCCAAGACGUCAGUGCUGCACAUGUGCUCCCUGUUCCACGCCUUCAUGUUCGCCCAGCUGUGGACCAUCUACUGCGAGCAGGCGGCCGCCGUGCCGUCGCUCCAGAACCAGAACCAGACCGAGUUCUCAUCCAGCGCCAUUCUGACGGGCCUGGAGUUCUGGAGUCGGGUUACUCCCAGCAUCCUGCAGCUCAUGGCCCACAACAAAGUGAUGGUAGAGAUGGUUUGUCUGCAUGUCAUCAGUUUGAUGGAAGCCCUGCAGGAAUGCAACUCCACCAUCUUUGUGAAGUUGAUUCCAAUGUGGCUGCCAAUGAUUCAGGCCAACCUAAAGCAUCUGUCGGCGGGGCUGCAGCUGCGUCUCCAGGCCAUCCAGAACCGAGUGAACCAUCAGUGCCUGCAGGGCCAGACAUCCGGGGCGCCGCCGUUCGCGCUGCGCAAAUGGCUGCAGUGCACCCAGUUCAAGAUGGCGCAGGUGGAGAUCCAGUCGUCGGAGGCGGCGUCGCAGUUCUACCCCAUGUGA